AUGAGGACAACACAGUACACGCCUUACCAGGCGGAGAUAGCCCAGGGGCGACUGGAGAGCCUUCUAAACUACCAGACAAUGGUGUGUGAGUUGACAGGGAUGGAGGUGGCAAAUGCCUCCCUUCUUGAUGAACCCACUGCUGCUGCUGAGGCCAUGGGACUCUGCUUUCGGCAGAAUCGGCGAAAGCAGUUCCAUGUGUCAGAUAGGGUGCAUCCACAGACGAUUGCUGUUGUGCAGACCAGGGCUGAGGGUCUUGGCAUCAAUGUCACUGUUGGUCCCAUCCAAGAUCUGGAUUUCUCUCAACGUAACAUCUCAGGGAUCAUCAUCCAGUAUCCUGAUACCUUUGGGAGCAUUAAUGACUACAGGAACAUAAUUGAGGAUGCAAAGAAGAAUGGGACGAUGGUAUGCUGUGCAACGGAUCUCCUGGCUUCACUGAUCAUGGCCCCAGCAGGAGCAAUGGGGGUUGACAUAGCUUUUGGGAACAGUCAGCGACUUGGAGUGCCCUUAGGCUAUGGGGGACCUCAUGCUGCAUUCUUCGCCUGUAGGGAGAACCUUGCCCGCUCCAUGCCGGGUCGCAUCGUCGGUGUCUCCAUAGAUGCAUCUGGGAAGCUAGCAUACCGACUGGCACUGCAGACCCGAGAGCAGCACAUUCGCAGAGACAAGGCCACAUCCAACAUUUGCACAGCUCAGGCUCUUCUUGCCAACAUGUCUGCCAUGUAUGCUGUCUAUCAUGGUCCACAAGGUCUCAGGGAUAAGGCUCUUCGUGCCCACAACACCACCUUACUGCUUGCUCAAGGUAUGAUAGAGGCUGGCCACAAAAUCCAAAAUGACUUAUUCUUUGAUACGCUGACCAUCACACCCUCACAAACCUGCCCACAGCAUGAGAUCAAGAAGAGAGCUGAAGAGAAGAAGAUCAAUCUUAGAUAUUUUCAUGAUGGAAUUGGUUCUGUGGGCAUUGCAUUGGAUGAGACUGUGGAACAUAGUGAUAUGAAUGAUCUGCUCUAUAUCUUUGGCUGCCCCCUCAACACUGAUGAGCUGUUUGUGAGCCGUGAAAGAGAAAUAUUUUCAAGAAGCCUUCUUCAGAGUGCCUUCGCACGUACAAGCAAUUACUUGCAGCAACUAAUCUUCAAUACGCAUCACUCAGAAGCCCAGAUUGUGCGAUACAUGAAGAAACUAGAGAACAAAGAUAUCUCCCUUGUCCACUCAAUGAUACCUCUUGGGUCCUGUACAAUGAAGCUGAACAGUACAAGUGAAAUGUGGCCCUGUUCUAUGCCGGAAUUCACGGACAUCCACCCUGGUGCUCAAGGAGAAUAUGCUGGGCUUAGAGUGAUAAAAAAGUACCUGCACUUCAAAGGGGAGUCCCAUCGCAAUGUUUGCCUUAUUCCGAUGUCUGCUCAUGGAACUAACCCAGCCUCUGCUCAAAUGGCUGGCUUUAAAGUGGAACCUGUGAAUGUGGCCAGAGAUGGAUCCAUUGAUCUGAAACAACUUGCUGAGAAGUUGGAUAAAAAUAAGCACAACCUGGCAUGCCUCAUGAUUACCUAUCCAUCUACCAAUGGGAUCUUUGAGCAGAACAUCACUGAAGUCUGUAAUGCCAUCCAUGAAGCUGGGGGACAGGUAUACUUGGAUGGAGCUAACAUGAAUGCCCAGGUUGGCUUAUGCCGGCCAGGUGAUUUUGGGGCUGAUGUUUCUCACCUGAACCUCCACAAGACCUUCUGCAUACCGCAUGGUGGUGGAGGUCCCGGGAUGGGACCCAUUGGAGUGUAUGUACCCUCCAAUAUGAUGGGUGCCAAAGGCCUGCGCAAGAGCUCAGAAAUUGCUAUCCUGAAUGCAAACUACAUGUCAAAGAGACUGGAGGGCUAUUACCACACAUUGUUCAAAGGUUUCAAGAACACUGUGGCUCAUGAGUUCAUUGUUGACGUCCGACCAUUCAAGAAGACUGCCAACAUUGAGGCUGUUGACAUAGCAAAGCGCCUGCAAGAUUAUGUGAUUCGUGAGGAAAUCAGGGAGAUUGAGAAUGGGAGUAUGGAUCCUGUAAGGAACCCUCUGAAGAUGUCUCCUCACACUCAGUCAGUGGUCUGUGCUGAGACCUGGGAUCGUCCCUAUUCACGGGAAUUGGGUGCUUUCCCAGCACCCUUUGUAUGUCCCACAACAAAGGUGUGGCCAACAGUGAGUCGAAUUGAUGACAUUUAUGGAGACCGACACCUGAAUUGGAUCAGCUAUGGCUUUGAUCUGGAAGACAAGAAGGAAGACCGAAACAUGAUGCAUCGAGGCAUGUUUCUCGCCAUAUCUGUCCUCUGUGUUGGGGGUGCUGUGGUCCUCAUGUAUGGACCUGAUUACAAGUUAAUCGAUUGGUCCCAGAGAGAAGCAUAUAUGGAGCUGACAAGACGAGAAAAGCUUGGACUUCCAUUGAUUGAUCGUAAUUUGGUAGACCCUGCAAGAGUGAACUUACCCUCAGAUGAGGAGUUGGGAAAUCCUGAGAGAAUGAGGCCAUUCCACUAUUAUGGAAGUGUGGGCCAUACCCCAGAGGUGGAAGUUACAGAACCAUCAUUGUCAGAUGCCUCUGAAAGAGAGAAGGUGAUGCUGAGUCGUGUGCGGUAUUAUACUCGUCUCCGCCGCCAUGUUGAUUCCACAGAUGAGAUCUUGCGCCUCCCAGACCAUGUCGUGCCAAACUCCUUUUUCUAUGCUCUCCUUCCCCUCCCACCACCUGAAAUCCCAUCACAAAGCAGCCUUAUCACAAUAUUUGCAAUCUGGAAUACGAUGAUGGGGACAUCCCUCCUGAGCAUGCCAUGGGCACUGGAACAUGCAGGCCUUGCCCUUGGCCCCAUAAUAGUUUUCUUCAUGAUGCUUCUCUGCCUGUAUACAGCCCAUCUUACAAUCCAUCUCCAAAAGGAAGCUGGGAUUGAAGGUGAGAUCCUAGAAGUUCCUGGGAUUUGUGGAAGGAUAUUUGGAAAGUGGGCUGAAUACACAACAGCAUUAUUCUUCUGCCUGGCUCUCCUAGGAGCUUGCAUUGUCUACUGGGUCCUUCUCUCCAAUUUCCUCUACCAUACUGUGGACUUCCUUCAUGGUUAUGGGAUCGGUUCCAGCAACAUGGUUCAAUGCGUGACCAUCCACACUGGCAGGUCACACAUCACCACCCCUGUGCAAGAUCAGUACAUUUGGCUCAAACAUCUGCAGGAUCAGUUUGCUACAGCAUCAGCAGUGUCUGGAGGGCAGAAAAUGUCAGCUCAAACCAUCUGCAAACUGCUUACAGACGGCAGGUUUGUUGAGAUCACAACAACCACUCUGUGGGUUUGUACUGCAAGACCAGAACAGGCAACUUUGUUUGCAGUGGUGUCACAGGCAAAGGUGAUCUGUCCAAGUGGGAAUGAGACUUCAAAGAACUUAACAGAAUUCAACAUAAUACCAAGUGACUCCCAUGAAGCAGAAGGGCAGUUUCAUCGCUUCUGGACCCUGAACCUUACAGCCCCCCUCACACUCAUUCUCAUCCUGGGUCCUAUUCUGAAUCUCAAGUCUCCCACCUUCUUCACAAAGUUCAAUGCUUUUGGUACACUUUCCAUCAUCUACAUAAUGGCAUUCAUCAUUGUGAAGGUGACUACAUUUGGUUUCCAUGUGGAUGUGAAUGACACGAGUGCAAGUGACUACAUGCCCCUCUGGAAACCCCACUCAGCCCAUAUCCUAUCAGGAAUCCUUGCUUUGGCAUUAUUCAUCCACAGCGGGAUCAUAACUAUCAUGAGCCGACAGGAGAAGCCCGAGAACAACACACGGGACCUCUGUGCGGCUUACAUCCUGGUAACCCUUUCGUACCUUGCAGUGGGUCUCUUCUUUUACCUGGGGUUCCCCCUGCCAAAAAUCUGCAUUGAAGACAAUCUUCUGAACAACUUUGUGGGAGAUGAUGUGAUGUCUGCAGUGGCACGUGUGAUGUUGCUCUUUCAAAUGAUCACAGUUUUCCCUCUGCUAACAUAUGUGUGUCGAUCUCAGGUCCUUUACUUAUUCACCUCGCAAGCCUAUCCAGGUUUUCUCCCAGUACUUGGUGUGAAUGUGGUCAUCGUCACAGUGUGCACCUUGUUUGCUAUCUUCAUGCCACGUAUUGGGACCAUCAUCCGUUAUGUGGGUUCAUUUUGUGCCCUCGGCCUAAUCUUCACAUUUCCUGUUGCUGGACAUCUCCUUGCCAAGCAUCGCAAAGGCCACCUCACCCGUCCAAGUCUCAUCAUUCAUUUGGCCAUCAUUGCUGUAGGUGUCAUCAAUUGUGGGCUGCAGUUCCAGCAGGAGAGCUGAAUUCAAUGAGUCUGUGAUACAUAUGACUUUCAUCUUAAAGUGUAUGUCCUUUGUGGUUUUUAUACUCAAGUCUUUCUCAGCAUGAGGACUUCACAUGAAUGGUAAAUGUCCAAAAAAUAUUUUCUUGGCCUGCAACAAGAAUGUGGAGAUUGUGUUGAUGCUCAUUUUUAUAAUGGAAAAACCCAAGUAAAGAGAUUUAGCAGGCAGUGGUUUUAGAUUAUAAAUGCGUGCUUAAAAGCAUUUCAAAUUUCUAUUGUUGCAAUUCCAUUU